AUGGCUCGCCGCACAGCGCCUACCUUCGCUGCAACAGCGAACGGUCACAUGCCUCCGCCUUCAACUCUAGCAGCGCAGAUCGUCCAGAACCAGACCAGGUCAUCUGCGCCACAAGCGAACGGUGAGAAGGCGACCUUUGCUCAACUCCUUCAUGAGCUUCUGAACAACCCCGGAGCCACUCCAGAGACAGACGUCGGAGUCAACGUCAAGCUCAUCUCGGUGGUGGCCGAAGCUGGACUUGCCCCUCUCGUCGAUGGCAACCCGUUCGCAGAUUGGGAGGCGUUGAUCUCACAGGCUACGGACAGUAUUACAGUCAUUGAAACGACGAUACGGCGGCAACCGGAAGUUCUCUUUGCAUUAUCCACUGAAGAUGGACCUCAACUUCUACUGUCGCUGCUGGCUCGACUCUUUGCUGUCUGCGGGCGGCCGAGCUGUGACAGCCUUCCGAUUGUUCGAUUGCUCAACUCGAUAUUUGCGGUACUGAAAGCCUCGAUCGAUCUCUGGCAAUACGUGCGUUUGGUUCAAGAGGCAUUGCAGGAAUCCGUGGACGAGGCGGCAUCGUGCUUGGAGGCUAUGACGGCAACAGCGCCAGACGUCGUGGUCAAGCUUCCACCUGCGAAGAUUGUCGCAAAGCUGUGGCCACAGUCUGAAAGGGAGAUUGCCUUGCCGCAUGGUUGCCAGGCGACAGUGUCCCAUGCUUCUUCCGCCUUCGUAUUAGCUAACAAGGUCUCCACCGUCAAAGAAUUGCCUCUGGCGUGGAAGCAUGAAACGCACGACAAACUCGAAAGACUGCUACCUCGACUUGGCAAGAAGCUGGAAGAUUCCAAGCAAUACCACUCCACCGUGCAGGAUCUUCUGAACGUCUCUUCCAGCACCACUUUGGUAUCAGCUCUAAUAGAGGAUGUUUCAAAAAUAGCUAUAACGCAUUCAACACAACAGUCAAUGGCGAAGAGCUUAGUCAAGAUGCUCAGGAGUGACAGCGGCCUGGUUCGGGAUGCUUUUCUAACCUCACUCACGUCUCUUGCUGAGCAGGAGUCGUUCGACAAGCUACAUGAAGACCUCAGAAUUGCCAUCACAACGGUAAUGUGCAGACUCCUCGACCGGUCCAACAGGCCAGAGCGCAUCCUGGCGUUGGAGGAUGCUUUGAGACAAGAUAACGUGAUGACAGACACCGAGCUCUUGGACGAUUUCAGACAGCUCAGUGUUGUUCAGCAGACUGGCUGCGACGGACCACGCCGACGGAAGCGGCGAAAAAUCGAUACAGCGCACAGAGAUGGGAACUCGAUGGCUGCGAGCCACACAGUGGCCUUGCUGACUAGCACUGAGUCGCCUGACCCAGCAACGCUCGCCCAGACGUCUCCAGCGGUCUAUCUUCAGCUUUCGGAGGAUGAAAAAUGUCUAGUAUGGCAAGGUCUUGCAGAGAUGGCCGUUGUCAAAACGAAAGCGGCUCUUGAAGCAGUCGCCAUCCUGAUUGAGCAACCAGACACACAGCAGAGUAAACAGGUCCGGAUACUUUCCAUGUUGGCCGUCAAAGCCUGUAUCGCUCAAGCGCAAGAUCCGAUCUAUCUUGACCUCACAAAGUCGACUGUUGGCCAGGCGUGCCUGCAUUCACUACGCAGCUCACUUCGUGAACUUCGCUAUGCUGCUGGGCAAACGCUUGUGGCAUUCCUUCGGGCCGAUCUACCUGAGGAGCUGAGAAGUUCAAAUCGACGAGCUGCGCUCGAGUUCUUGCGAGCGCUGAGUGACCGAGACAUUGCUUGUGAGCAUGAUACGCUGAUUGUUGCAUGGGGUCAUGUCGCACUCACCUGUGGCGACACAGAAUUGAACCUGGCGCUGCUACGUUUGGUGGAUUACCUGGGCCAUUCGAAUCCACUCAUCUGUGGGCUGGCCUUUGCUGAACUUGAAAAACUUGCCAUUUCCAGGAAGCAGUCUGCUGAAGAGAUGUUCAAGCCGUUCUGGAGCUCGAUUGCAGUCUCGGUGGCCCAUGAUUUACAGUCACGGCCACAGAAAGCUCAACAGUUGUGUGAUCUUUUAGGCGUGGAUCUGAACCAGUGGCUGGUGCAGACGCAGCAGGAUACUAUUCCUAGCCUCGUGCUAACAAAGAAGACCAAUAUCCUCGCCCGGAUAGCGGCUGCACGUGGCAGCGGCACUACCAUCGUUGACCUCUGCAUGAAGCCACGGACGAAUCUGGCCGCAACACUGGCCGUUCUGCUUGCCCAAUCUGGCUCUGAUAUUGAGGAGGCUGCUUCGGCAUGCCUUUCCAGCGUCUCUCCCGACUUUCCAGAUCUCCCGAGCCUCGUCAAGCUAGAUGCUACUCUUGUCGCAUGCUUCCUGCUCAGAUACAUCGGCGACCAAGUUGAUGGGACAAAGUCAAGGGCCCAUCAGACAUUCCAGGUGUUUGCCAACAUCGCCGAGCGACGCCCAGGCCAGACCAGAGCACAUUCGAAGGCCUCCAAAACCGUGAUGGAGUUCUUCGACAACCAUAUCUUGGGCAUCAUGACGUAUUUCUCCGAGGUUCUGGAGAACGCCCAGGGCUUCUAUCCGGUGCAGGAGAAGAUACGGUGCAUCAAGGCUAUUGGGGAGAUGCUCGCAAUGGUGAAACAGCAUGCAAACAUUGCGUUGCCUCAGAUUCGUGCUGCUCUCCAGUCAGCGAUGGAGCAGAAGGACCUUUGCGAAGCUGCGUUCGGUGUCUGGCUGGAUCUUGUGUCAGUCCUCAAUGGCGAAGACAUAGCUUUUGUACUGGACCAAACAUUUGCCCUAAUCUUGCGCCACUGGCAGAGCUUAUCGCCUCAGCUACAACACAGCACAAACGCGAAGCUCAGCGAUAUGAUCAAGAGUCACAACCAGGUUGUUCAAGACUGUGUGAUGACCCUGCCAUCUCUUAAGGACAUACCGCUGCUGUCGAAACUUGGUGCGGAGAUUGAGAGACUGAAGUCACAUGAGGGUGUCGAGGUCCACUGCAGGGUGUUUGCAAAGCGACUCCAAGAUGAGAGCGGUAUCGUGGUGUUGCAUGCGCUGAAGGAAUUGGUCGUCUUUCUCGAGCAGAAUCAGGACUUUAUCCUCGAGGCGGCCGUCAGCGAGCAACCUACCACUGUUCUUUCUGACCUACUCCGAUCUUUAUUUGAUGUUGGAACGAAGUACUCUGCGGACUCACUGGAAGCAGCCAAUCUUGUGGGAAAGGCCCUCGGCAUCAUCGGCUGUGUGGAUCCAAAUCGAAUCGACGCAACACGCAAGAAGAGGAAGGCGCUGGUGCUAUCGAACUUCGACAAAGCUGAUGAGACAACCGACUGGGUAAUGGUCUUGCUCGAAGACGUCCUUGUCAAAGCAUUCAAGUCUGUCAGCAAUGCUCGUGCCCAGGGUUUCCUUGCGUACGUGAUCCAGGAGCUGCUGCGAUUCUGCAACUUCAACGACAACAGCGUGCUCAGGCCAAGAGCUUCUCAAGCUCCCUCUGCACACCAGAAAUGGGCCAAUAUGCCAGAGCACGUGCGGAUCACUCUCACGCCUUUCGUCAAGUCGCGCUAUGUGGUCCGCAGCAAUGCCGAUGCCUCUCCUCCCAAUCGAUCAUAUCCCGGUUUCUCCGCAGACCAGGGCCAUACGCACUGGCUGCGUUCCUUGGUGUUCGAUUUGAUGUGGAAGGCGAAAGGCGACAACGCCCAGAUGGUGUUUCCACUUCUUGCGCGGGUCAUCCGUGGGCAUGACCUAGCCAUCGCAGGCUUCUUGCUGCCAUAUGCUAUGCUCAAUAUAGUGCUGGGAGGUACCGUCGCAGAGGUGAACGACAUGUCUGACGAGAUAAGAGCUGUUCUCAGUGCUCAACCUACGGAUACCGCGCAGCAAGAGAACGUCAAACUUUGCAGCGAGAGUGUUUUCAACGUACUCGAUUACAUGUCAACAUGGCUGCAGGAAAAGAAGAAGCAGCUCGGUGAAACGCGCUCCGCAGCAUACAGGACUGGCCAUUCACCAAGCGAUUUCGACGAAGCAAAGGACAUGGCGCAGAUCGACAUCGUCGAGAAAUUUGUGGCCUCAAUACCCGCGGAGGUCAUCGCGAGUCAAGCUGUUUUGUGUGGGUCAUUUGCUCGAGCGCUCUUCCAUUGGGAACAGUACAUCAGACAAAAGCGACCUAUCAUACCUUCAGACCGGCCUCCGCAGAAGGCAUCAGACGACGAAGCACUCUACAACAGGCUUCACGACAUCUAUGCUCAGAUCGACGAGCCUGACGGUCUAGAGGGAAUCUCAGCUCAUCUGCCUUUCCUAAGCGAGGAGCAGCAAGCUAUGCAGCAUGAGAAGUCGGGCAGAUGGACGGCUGCUCAAGCUUGGUAUGAGUCUGAGCUUGCAGAACAGCCCGGCAACAUCGACUUGGAGGACAGUCUUCUGCGCUGCCUGCGAGUGAAAGGCCAAUACGGUCCAUUGCUGAGAUAUGUGGACAGCUUCGUUGCUGCCCAUGCAUCUGCGGGGGACCUCAAAUUGGCCAAAGAGAGGUUGCUGCCGGUCAGUGUCGAGGCGCAGUGGAUGACGUGCGAUCUGGAGGGCAUGAAGACACGGCUGGCCUCCGAGACGGCGGACUCAGUGACAGACUUCAAUGUCGGCGUCGGUAAGCUUUUAUGCUCUCUGUCCGGCACCAACGACAAAACUCCGAAUGAGACCAUCAAGCAACUGCGGACGCAUGUCACACAGGGUUUCACUUUGGCGAACACGAGUUCUAUCAACACAGCCCACGAUGAUCUGAAGAAGCUGCACGUCUUAUAUGAGAUUGAGGCUCUCAGCAGUGACCACGACAUCAACAAGGAGUCCAUCACUCAUAUUCUGGAGAGGCGACUAGCGGUGCUCGGAUCCUAUGUUGCGGACAAACAGGACGUAUUGGGCAUCCGCAGACUGGUCAUGCAAUGCUUACCCGACCAGUUCAAUACAGGCGAUCUUGGGCCUGCAUGGCUGACAUCUGCUAAGCUGGCGAGGCAAUCAAAAAACACACAGCAAGCCUUCAAUGCUGUUCUCAGGGCCAACGAGUAUGGAGAUCAGACAGCCAAGCUGGAGGAGGCGCGCCUUCUGUGGCGUGAUGGGCAUCAACGACAUGCCAUACAGGCACUGGAGUCCUCCAUUGCAUCCGGUGUUUUCGAGUCAAGUAACACUGUCGGUGAGCCGGGUGUAAGCUCCAACGUAAACGGCGCAAAGCAGGACAUGCUCUCUGCCAAAGCGAGCUUGUUGCUUGCCAAAUGGCUUGACGCACUGGGCCAGAGUCAGGCGAAAGACAUGACCGACAAGUACCAGUUCGCGGCUAGGCACUUCCAACGAUGGGAAAAGGGUCAUUACUACCUGGGCAAACACUACCAGAAGCUUCUUGAAGCUGAGAAGCCGGUGCCCAGAGAGAAGCAGACUCUCAGGUGUAGGAGUGGCGAGCUUACUAGGCUGGUCAUUGAGAACCUGCUGCGCUCAGUCCCCUUCGGCAACAAGUAUUGGCACGAAACUAUACCGAAAGUCCUGACGCUUUGGCUCGACCUGGGCCUCGAUGCGACCAAGACCAUCCGCGGCGAGGAUCGAAGCGUUGCCGAACAACGCAUGAAAGCUUCGAGCCAAGCCACAAGACAGCUGCAGAAGUACUUCGACCGAGUGCCGCCAUUUGUCUUCUACCAGGCAAUGCCGCAAAUGAUUUCGAGGAUUACUCACUCCAACCCGGAAGUCUGGAAGCAGCUUUGCAACAUUCUCACUCGAAUUGUGGCGAGUCACCCAAGUCAGGCGCUCUGGAGUCUGCUUGCAGUCAUCAAGGCAUCCGAUCAACCAAGAGUCGACCGUGGCAUGGAGAUCAUCAGCCGCCUCAAAGAACGGAAAGCAUCUGCAAAGGCAGAAGUUUCCGGCAUUGACUUGCGCUUGUUCAUCACCCAGGGUCAGAAGCUCUCAGAUGGGCUGCUGCAGGCUUGCGAAGCUCAUAUCGAACCGCGCGUGACGGGCGUGAGUCUAGGAAAAGACCUGGGCUUCAAUCAUAAGCUAGCACCGAAUCCGCUCGUGGUCCCAAUCGAGACAACUUUGGCAGCCACCCUUCCUGGCGGUGCUACCUCUGAGACCAUUCGGAAGCACAGAGCAUUUGUUCAGGAUAAGAUUACGAUAAGCUCGUUUGCUGAUCAGGUGCUGGUGCUGAGCUCUCUCCAGCGUCCUCGCAAGCUGACCGUCCGUGGCUCGGACGGCAAGCAGUAUGGACUCUUGUGCAAGCCGAAGGACGAUUUGAGGAAAGAUCAACGACUCAUGGAGUUCAACGGCAUCAUCAACCGUGCUCUGAAGCGCGACGCGGAGAGCAGCAAGCGUAGGCUGUACAUCAAGACGUACGCCGUCACACCACUGAGUGAGGAGUCUGGCAUCAUUGAGUGGGUGGAAGGGAUCAAGCCGAUGAGAGACAUACUAUUGGGCAUCUACUCUCGCAAAGGCGUGCGGCCUAACUAUCCCGACCUUCGCAGAAUGCUCGACGAUGCCUCUACCGACGUGCAGAACGCGCACAUAUUUCUCGACAAAGUCCUUCCGACCUUCCCUGCCGUGCUGCACGAGUGGUUCACAGAAGUGUACCCUGAACCUGAUGCAUGGUUCGCCGCUCGCUUGCGAUAUACACGCACCGCAGCUGUCAUGUCUAUCGUGGGUCACGUUCUUGGUCUUGGUGAUCGACAUGGCGAGAAUAUCCUGCUUGAGGAAAGCACCGGCGGCGUGUUCCAUGUGGACUUCAACUGUCUUUUCGACAAAGGCCUGACGUUCGAGAAGCCAGAGGUGGUGCCUUUCCGGCUGACGCACAACAUGGUGGACGCAAUGGGACCUUAUGGAUACGAAGGGCCAUUCCGCAAGUCCAGCGAGCUCACCCUUCGCUUGCUCAGGCAGAGCAAGGACACGCUGAUGACGAUACUCGAGACGUUCUUGUACGACCCCACGACUGAUUUUGUGGACAAGAAGAAGAACAAGAAGUCACAUGAUGGCGUGCCUGAGACACCGCCGGAGAUCCUGGACAGUGUGAAUGGCAAACUGAAGGGUCUGCUGCGCGCUUCGAGAUUCAACGGCACCAGCAUCCCGACCACCUCUACACCUCCGCGACGCCUCUGCCAUUACUACCUCCCCUACAUCGACCCCUGCGCCAUUGAGACUUCAGCCAUGGUGGCCACACGACUCCUUCGUCCCGCUGCGCAACUCCUCCGCUCCUCCCCCUCGACCCUCCCCCGAUCUAGCUUCCAGAAAGUCUCGGCGCCGGCGAUAUCACGAUGGAGGACGUAUGCAAGUGGGAGCAAGGAGGUGACGGUGAGAGAUGCCUUGAACGAGGCUAUGGCGGAGGAGAUGGAGAAGAACUCGAAGGUGUUCGUGCUGGGUGAGGAGGUUGCACAGUACAAUGGCGCAUACAAGGUGACAAAAGGCUUAUUAGACCGCUUUGGCGAGAAGCGGGUGAUAGACAGCCCCAUCACCGAGUCCGGUUUCGCCGGUCUCACAGUCGGCGCUGCGCUCGCUGGCCUCCACCCCGUCUGCGAGUUCAUGACCUUCAACUUCGCCAUGCAAGCCAUCGACCAGAUCAUCAACUCCGCGGCGAAGACACAUUACAUGUCGGGUGGAAUACAACCCUGCAAUAUCACGUUCCGAGGACCAAACGGAUUCGCCGCGGGUGUGGCAGCACAGCAUUCGCAAGACUACAGCGCGUGGUACGGAUCGGUUCCAGGGUUGAAGGUGGUCACGCCGUACUCGUCGGAGGAUGCGAAGGGCUUGCUCAAGGCUGCGAUACGAGACCCCAAUCCUGUGGUCGUUCUGGAGAACGAGCUACUGUACGGUCUUCCCUUCCAGAUGAGCGAAGAGGCGCAAAGCGAUGACUUUGUCAUUCCUUUUGGCAAAGCCAAGAUUGAGCGCCCUGGAAAGGACAUCACCCUGGUCACGCUAUCCCGCCCCGUCGGACAAUGCUUGGUUGCUGCAGAACAGCUCAAGAGCAAAUACGGCGUGGAGGCAGAAGUCAUCAACCUGAGAUCGGUCAAGCCCAUGGAUGUGGAAGCGAUUGUCAAGUCAGUCAAGAAGACUGGUCUGAUGAUGGCGGUGGAGUCGGGCUUCCCAAGCUUCGGCGUCGGCGCAGAAAUCAUCGCAUUGACCUGCGAAUACGCGUUCGACUACCUCGACGCGCCACCAGUUCGCAUCACCGGCGCCGAGGUGCCCACGCCGUACGCGCAGAAGCUCGAGGAGAUGAGCUUCCCAACCGAACAGCUGAUUGUCGACUACGCCGCGAAGCUUCUCAAGGUGUGA